CUAAAACCCCAUUCCACCUCUCUCUCUCUCUAUCUCUUCUGCGCUCACAGCUUCUGGAGGAAGAAGAAGAAGAAGAAGAAGAAGAAGAAGAAGAAGACGGCGGGAAGCUCGAGAUUCGGUCUGUUCAGGUCCCCGAGCGGCGGUCCGACGAUGAAACCGACUCCCUGCGAGCUCUGCAAGGAGGCCGCCUCCGUCUACUGCCCCUCCGACUCCGCCUUCCUCUGCCGCGGCUGCGACGCCCGGGUGCACCAGGCCAACUUCCUCGUCGCCCGCCACGUCCGCAACCCCCUCUGCUCCGGCUGCGGCUCCCUCUCCGGCCACCGCGUCUCCGGCGCCGGCGUCGGGCCCCGCCGCCCCGCUCUCUGCCUCUCCUGCUCCGAUCGCCCCUCCGUGGACGCCGGCCCUCUCUCCGCUUCUUCGUCGUCCUCGGCCUGUGUCUCCAGCACCGAGUCUUCGGCCGUGGCUCCGAAGAAGGAGGGCAGAUGCUCGAGCGGGGGCCGGAAGCUCCAGAAGACCGGCGUGUCGAGCUCCCUGACGGACGCGUCCGGCGAGGGUUCCGAUUCCCCGGCGAGGUUCGGCGGCGCGGCCGCAUUCUCCGGUGAGGUCAGCUCAGGGAAGAGGAGCGGGGGGACGGACGAUCGGAGAGCUGGAGCCGCGAGAUUCCGAGAGACGACGCGCGUGGAUGCCAAGACGGAGGGCGUUUUCGCGAUCUGGUGCAAGAAAUUGGGGCUGAGCGGCGCCGAGGCGUUCGCCGUCGCUUCUCGCGCCCUGCGCGUGAUCGCGGGGACGCCGACGGCCCUGCCGCUGCGAGUCGCCAUGGCGGCGUCCUUCUGGGUGGCGAUGAGGUCGUGCAAGGGCAGGGGGAUGUCCACGUGGCAGAACGUGAAGAGGGUGGAGGAGGCGUCGGGGGUGCCGGCGAAGCUGAUCCUGGCGGGCGAGGCGAGGCUGGUCCGCCGGGCUCGGGGCGAGAAGGCGCGGCGGGAAGAGCGUCUGGAAGAAGGCUGGGCCGAGUGCACGGCCUGAGCGCGGUGCCGCUCGCCUCGCAAUGCCGUAUGUUCCGAUCUCAUCUGUACGUCCGAGGAGGUUAGGUUCUGCGUAUAGCUUAGGUGGUGGUAGCAGCAGUAGAUCCAAUCCCCAUUUCCCAAACCGACCCAAGUUUUGAGGUUGUCAUAGUUAUUGUUUCUUCUUUCUUUGCUCACUGACCGGAAAGGAAAAGAAAAGGACAAGGAAUUUUACAGUCGCCCUUUUGAUGACAGGCCGAUGUCUGGUCGCGUGGCUCUUAUUACAGUAUGUUGUAUAUCGCUUGAUGUUCGUGUACAUUUGUCGAAUCAAAUGAAUGCGCUUUGAUAUGUGUGGAUA